UUAUUGUUUUCAAAUAGACCUAUUAUCUACAACAUUUAUAGAAUUCUUAGAUACUGUUAGUAAUCAGUUAGAAUUAAUAACUGAAUCUAACAAACUAAUAGUUAUUCUUGUAUCUAAAACCUCUAUAUUAGAUAAUUACUACUUAAUACAUUUAUUUAAAAUAUCUCCAUUAUCUUCAGUUCAAUUUAAAGAUAAAGAUUUCAAUUUAGAAUUAUUAUUUAUACUAUCUAUUCUCUGCAAUAUGGCAACUGUACAAUAUAUCCUUGACUAUCUUUAG